ACCUCUACGCCCGCGGGAAAUUGCUUCCCCUAGAAAAUGGCGGCCGAAAGCACAUGUGAAAUUACGUGGGAAAACUUUGCCGAAAUACACGGCUCCCAGUUUCGCCACAUCGGGCUUCCGCAGCACUUAUGGAAAGAGCUACACGCUAAACUUUCGCCUGUCAUCAGAAAAGACGCUAAUAAUGCUUUUGAGCGACAGAAAACGGGAGAAACUUCCCAACGAAGAUGGUCGCUUCAUGCAAAGAAAGAUCUCGCGAAAGACAGUGAUGUGUACAUCGUGGAGCAUGUUUGGACAAGCGAUGGAGCUGAAGGCGCUAAGAGGAAACUAGCCAAAAGCCCAGAUUUGCUACUGAGACUCCAGAAUAUGAUGAACUUACGUGAGGAUGAAAACCGAGAUAAAGAUGUGUUUGUGGAUUCUCAGAAAGUAAUAGAGCAAGUCGCAGGUGUAACUAAGGAAAAAGCCAAAGAAUUUCUGGAUUUGGGUCAUAAUGACCUGAUCAGUGCUUUGAUGUAUGCAGAAGGAGCAUCACCUCCCAAACAAGUGGGCAAUGAUGACGAUGAAGAUAAGAUCCUAGACUAUGAAGACUUCAAGGAAGGGUUUAUCAGUUCCACUGAUGAGCAAUACAGGGAAUCAAUAUCUGAAGAGUUCCUCCAGAAAAUGUAUAAAAAAUACUUGAAAGAUCAUGAAGAGGAGAAGACAGUACAAUAUGGUCAGGCAACAACAUCCCAGUACAGCUGGGAGGAAACAAGUGAAGAAGGCUGGGUGACAGUCCUGAUUUCAGUCCCUACUUCUGCCAAGAAAGCCAGUAUUAUCAAUAAAUUGACUGCAAAGCACUGGACGCUAGGGGUAAAAGGCAGUCCGCCUAUCAUUGAUGGAGAUUUUUAUGCCCCGGUCCUUCCUGACGAGUGCAUCUGGACGUUUGACGGCCCAGGAGUCCUUCAGAUGACGUUGCAAAAGAGAGGCUCUGAUGAGGGGAUGUGGCCAGUCUGUAUCAAAGGUGAGAAGCAGUUCACGAGCAAUCAGAUUUUCCAACAAGCUAAAUUCAAGGAGCGAGAGAAAGCCUAUAACCUUGGCACCGCCCUCAGCGCAAUGUGGUAUUACAACCAAACAUACCAGAAAGUGACGGUAGUUGGAGGGCCACAAGCCCACUGCUGGUACAUGAUGGAUGAGACUGGGUCUGCUCUUUCACACAGUAGCACUCCUAAUGUCAAGUGCGCACCGUUUGCCUACGCUGUAAAUGGCAUGACUUGCUCCCUUAUCUGGCCAGCACAGGAUAUCAAAAAGGGGGAUGUCUGCACUAGAGAUUUCUGCCCACUGCUGGUGCACAUGGAGACACAGAAGCACAAGGAAGCAAGGCUCCUUGCCUGCUCCCCUCAGAUGCCACUGGAUUUCCCCAGAUCAUUUUUGGAGGAUUAUGCUGAAGCAUGUGCCAACCUGAAGCAGUCCUUGCCUCAAGUCCACCUUGCUCCGCUAGCAUCAGACAUAGUGAGGGAAGUAGAGUCCUCUGAGGUGAAACUUUCCCUGAAGUUUUAUGUGAGUGAGAAUUGUCCGAGUGUAGAGGCUGUGGUGAAAACCUUGGGCUGCACUUCAUUGGAUGCACCUGAUGAUGCAGAGGCACUGUGGGUGGAGAGUGUCGUGGGUGACGUGCUGCCGCAGCAGAAGGUGAACCGCCUGUCUGGAGAGCAGUUUCUUCUCAGGCGGGACAUAUUGUUCGGGAUGAUGCAGAAAAAAAUUGGACAGGUUUCUUGGAUUCCACGAACAUUCAGUCUCCGUUCCCAGCUCCCUGCCUUGUGUGUCGAUCACUACACCAAUAGCCUCAAGUCUGUGUGGAUAGUGCGCUCAGCCAACCCACAAGAUUUCAAGUGCAAACCUGUGUUCACUAGAGACCUUAGACGCAUGAUACGUCUUGGAGAAACAGGACCACUUGUUGCUUCACACUAUUGUGUCACCGCUGCCGUCUUCCACAGAAGGCCCUUCUGUCUUCAAUACACGGUAAUGGUCCCAUCCUUGAAACCCUUGGUCCUCCACAUCCACAACACUCCCCGCAUUAGGCAGACAGCAGAAAUGUUGAAGCCCUUGAAGGAGCUGGAUGAGUACGAGCCGACUCUCCUCUCGGUGGAUGACGGAAAGCCCCAGGACCACGCCCUCUUUGAGGACUUCCAGGCCCAGCUUAAGAAGUUUUACCUGUUAAGACUCAACAAGUCGUGGGAUCACGUGGAGAAGAAGAUCUUCCAGCAUAUUGGAGAACUUUUCCAUCUUCUAUCCUCUAGCCUUUCACCCCUCAGCCAGUCAAGCAGUCCCUUGUCUGCAGUGUAUGGAGUCGAUGUCCUUCUUCAGGAAAAUUUGGAGCCCUUGAUAAUAGGUGUGAAUGCCUUGCCGUCGUUUGCUAAUGAUCAGGUUGCCAAAGAGGUCAUCUGUCUUACCUACGGAGAUGAUAAGGAGGCGAGUGCCGCAAACGUCACCCAAGUCACUUUUGGCUCGUGACGUUAAAAUGAGAAGAAAGAGACUAACCUCUCAAUGAAAAGCUAGACUAGAGAUGACAAAGUAAACAUUUUAUUUCAAAUAGUUUACAGAACAGUAUGAUAGUUUGUCAUGAUACAUAGUCUCGAGUUCACCUAUGUGCAAAUCUAUGUAACACAACGGCCCCCAUGAUCCCUAGCGCCGACAGCGUUAUAACAGUAACGGCCACUGUGUAGUCACGUGAUAUCGCUUGAUCAGUGACGUCAUCUCGAUGUACUUGGGCCGAGUGGACAUGGGUACUAAUUUCAGGUUUUCUCCUGGGCUGAGACUAUUAAUAAGAAUAAAAAAAGUUAAAUGGU